AUGGAGGUUUUUAAGGACUUUCAUAGUAAUGGCCCACUAGGUUCAGCAGGAGUGAUUGCAGGCCAGAGUCACCUGGGAAGGUUUCCUACACCAUUACGGCCACUUCCUCACGAAAAUCCGGACCUUGUUAAGCACAGCACCGUGGGCAACCACUUUAAAGCGACAAAAAGAAAACAGCACAGGUCGCCACCCCAGCAGCCCUAUUCCGUGAGGCAGGACCAGAGCCCAGCUCAAGGGGCAGCGGCCGCCCAGGAGCCUGCGUUGCACAGAGGCCGCCCAGGGCUCCCGCCCUCUUGCUCCCGGACCCGCGCGCCGAAUUUCGAAUUCGGGCUCAGCGCUCUUUGCUCCCUCAGCUCGCUUUGCACACAGGCGGCGGUGCAGCCGCUGAGCUUGGGGGUCGGGCCCGCCCCUUCCAGAGACCCCAGCUGUGCUUUGGAGGCUGCGCAGGGCGCGCGGUGGAGCCAACGUCUGCGCCCCUGGCGGGCGUCUGUGCGCACGCCCGGCUCACGUCAGUCUCCAUCUGGUGCGGAGCCCGGCCGCUCCCGGUGCUCCGGAGGCGCGGGAACCCUGGGCUCAUCGCCCGCGCCCCUUCCCAGGCCUCUACUGACUGCCAUUCUCUCCUUGGCAGCCACAGGAGAUUUUAAGUUUUACAGUGAAAUUCCUAAGGACACCUUGAAUCUGUUGUUCAAGUUAGAAUGUCCUUUAAAGCAGAAUUUACUCCAAAACACUGAUCUGUUUGAUAUUAAAGAUACAACUGAGUAACAGCUUGAAUUUCUUACCACAAAACCCAUUCACUCUUUAUUAGCCUAUGUGAAGCAUUUGAAAAGCCAACAUGAAGAUGCUCUGAAGUGCUUGGAACUAGCACAAGAAAUAAUCCAGAGGGUGCACUCAGACAAGAAGGAAGUUCAAAGUCAAGUCACUUGGGGAAAUUACACCUGGGCAUUUUAUCACAGGGACCAGCUUUAAGAAGCUCAGAUCUACAUAGACAAGGUAGGACAUGUCUGUGAGCAAUGGGCUGGACCUUCUAACUACAAGUUGGAGCAUUCUGAGACUGGCUGAGAGAAAGGAUAGGCACUCUUGAAAUUUGGAAGAAAUUAUUACCAAAAGUUAAAGCAGUUUUUUAAAAAAGCUCUGGAAAUAGAACCUGACAACCCAGAUUGCUUCAGUUCUGCCAUCAAAGUAUCUUGGUUGGAUGAUUACAGAGAAGGAUCUGUGAAGAUCUCUUUGGGUGCUCUGAGGAAGGCUGUUACUCCCAGCCCAGGUGACACCUACAUUAAGGUUUUACAGGCACAGAAGCUUCAAGAUGCACAUGCAGAAGCUAAAGGGGAAAUAAGUGAAGAAAUCCUAGAUCAGAUAUCAUCCCAGCCCUAUGUACCUCAUCAUGCAAUCAAGUUCUAUGGGAAAAAAAAAAAUCCCUGGAGAAAAGCUCUUGAACUUCUACAAAAGGCUUUGGAGGUAACACCAAUUUUCUUUCUGUAUCACUAGAUGAGACUUUGUUGCAGGGCACAAAUGAUCCCAAUCAAGAAGGCGACACACAGCAGACCUAAAGGAAACGCUAAAGUGAAGGUUGACUGUGUCGAUAUGGACCUCACCAGCGUGCAUGCAGAGCAAGAGCAGCAUCCCGGGGCGGACAUUUUCCAGAAAGCCCCUCAUCUGGAGAACGUAAUGGAUGAUUAAAAGCAUCAUGUCCAUCACUAUGGACGCUUUCAGGAAUUUCGUGAUAAACCAUAACAUACUGCCAUCCACCACUAUUCUGAGGCUUUAAGGAUCAAAGGCAGGUCAUCUGGGAAGGUAACUAAGAAGUGCUGAAAAAGACUGGCUACAAGGGACUUGACCCAAUGCUUUGACGUGCAGAGUUUGAGUGCCCUGGGAUUUGUUCAGGAGCUGGAGGGAGGAAAGAGGCGAGGUACUGAGCACUGCGGAAAAGCUGCAAAGGUGCAACCUGAAAGUGCGGAAUUCCUUAUUACUCUCUGUGCCCUUCAACUUUCUGUCUAA